GAAAAGGAAACAGCGUUGAAUAAUUUUCUUCUGAAUUCAGUUGAAAUAUCCAUACUUAUAUUUAAAAAAAAAAAAGAAACAUUUUAAAACCAGCGCUCAGCGAAGCAGGAUAAUUUACGACAAAAAAAAAAGGAAUAUUUAAAAGAAUUAAUUCCGCAAACCCCAACCCAGUGGGUGCUUAAAAGUGAUCGUGAAAAUUGGGAAAUCAAACAACAAAUAAUCUGUUAAAAGUUCAACAUAAACCUAUAGCAAGGGCUGUAUUUUAUUGACAAUACCAAGCAUUAUAUGAUUUAAUAAAACACAAAGUGUCAAUGAUAGACGGAUGUCAACUAGUUUCCGUUGAUAUCGUAUCAGUUAUUGAAAAUCAAACAAUUACCAUCGAAUAGGCCCGUUCUUUGUGGAUUACGCGCUCUCUUCAAGCAAGGUUGUGAUUCUAUAGCCAUUGCGACUAUGGCUGUUGCCCAGCCAGAGAAACUCUUCAUGCAAUUAAGUGCAGCGGAACUAGCGGCCAUCAUUAUGAAAGAUUCGCCCAAUUCGAAUGACCGUGAUGCGGGUUUUUGUUCCGCCAGCUCGGAGAGCGAAGGCGGCGAUGAUUUGGCCGUCGAGCAUACGACGCGCAGUGGCAGUCCCAACAUCGGGCCAAAAGGAACUGAAGAUUUCGGAGCUGCGGACUCCAAGCCCAUAGCACUGAUCCGCAACAAACGCAAGAGCACGGAGCCCUCGAAAGUGGUGGGAUCGAUGACAACCUCGUCGGGACAGGCCCACGCUUGUCCAUCCGCUGCAACGGGUCCGCUGAAGAAACGCAUACGCUAUACCUCGUCUGCGGAUUCAGCAGUGGUGUUGACACCGCCAGCCAUAGCCUCACCGCCACCCAACAGAAGUGUGGCCCCCACGUUGCGCAUGGAGCAGGAGCACGAGAUCAUGCCCAAUCCGGCUCAUAUGUUUGUGCGUCAUCCAGGAGUCACCACGCUGCAUCGCAGUGCCUUCGCUGCGCAUCCAGAGCAACAGGAGCCCCUGGCACUGGUGACCAAGAAACCAGCGCAGCUCACUGAAGAAGACAAUACAAAAACACUUAAGAACAGAACAGCCCAAACGCCAAAAAGUACAUUUCACAAGAAGGUGGCUAAGGAAACCAUUCCGGCGUCAUUGAUUGACGUUAGCCUUAGCGACGAGGACAUGAGCAAGGUGGGCUCGGGCUCUGAUAUAUCCUCAUUGCGUCCGCACUCGCAUCAGCGCAAUUACAAGAACAUGACGAGGGAGCGCCGCAUCGAGGCGAAUGCCCGGGAGCGGACCCGAGUGCACACCAUUUCGGCCGCCUACGAGACACUGCGACAUGCGGUUCCCGCCUAUGCCAGCACCCAAAAGCUAUCCAAGCUGUCGGUGCUGCGGGUGGCUUGUUCCUAUAUACUUACACUCAGCCGCAUGGCGGGCGAGGAUUACAGCGCUGAUCAGUCGGAGCCCUCCAUUGCCGACUGCAUCGAGGCUGUCACAUCCACAAUUCAGACAGAGGGCAAGGUGAAGCGCAAGAAAGACGAGUAGGACGAUUCACCAAACUCUGAUAGACUUUUCUUUGGGACUGAUUACAACUCUCACGUUACUGUUAGUCGCUGUAGGUUUUUAGUUCUAGUUUCCAUAGCUUUACGAGUUUCAAAAGCUUUGUUUAUAGCUAGUUCUUAAGUAGUUAUGUACAUACAUAUUAUGCUUACAUAUUCGUGUAUGUAAUUGAUAUUUUUAGAUUCUAGUAGCAGCGAUGUGAUCCUAAUUUAGAGUCGCGCUUUUUGGGCAGUACAAAUAUUGAAGAAGACAAUAGUUGUUAAACAAAAUAAUACGACAAUAAUAGUAUGGGAACGUACAUAAUAUCGAUGCCAAACUAUGUAUACAUCAGUUUAUGUACACUUACAUAAACAUAGCCGAUUGUACAUGAAUGCGGCAAAUUCCUAAAAAAGUCACUAAACGUAUACACAAAAACUAUUCUAUAUUAUUCAGGUGAAGUAAAAUAUGUACAUAAAUGCAAGUAAAGCACCUGAAAUAGUCUUUAACUUGUAAUCUCAUUGUUGCGUGUACAUAAUAUGUACAUAUUUAUAUGUAUGCAUGAAUGAAUGUACAUUAUUUGUAAUUAUAAGUGCCAUAAGAUCAGCAAAUAUACAAAUCUGACCGUCUAA